AUGCUAGCCUCGCCCAGCUCCCCCCAGCCCCUUCCCUCCUUCGAGACACUCCUCCACGCUGCUAGGACCGGGACCGGGCCCUUGCCCAGGAUCACCCGCAAUGCCCGCCGUCUCUUCUGGACUCUUCAAAGUCCCGUGGCCGCAUCCGUCUUCGUGUUGGACGCCGACCGAAAUCCAGACGCGACCCGUGAGCCAUAUUUCCAGCGGGUAGAUCCUGAUGAGACCGUAUGGCAUCCCAUCUCGCGGGAGCCCCUCACCGAGCCCAAGGUUUCCUCCGUCCUCGUCUCCGUCGACGACCUGGAAGAAUUCCCGAGCGUCUGGCUGGACGGCCAUGAGCCGCACGCAGAUCCGGACAGCGACGACUGUGUGUUUGGAAGGCUGGGUGCAGACGAACCGGGGGGUGCCGAGGACGGCGACGGCGACGGCGAGGUCGAGCUGCUCAGGUGCUGCGGGACGGACCUGCCCAGGGAGGUCCCCCCGCUCCUGGUCGAGGCCGCACAGGGUCCGUAUGUCACGGUCCAUGACUACGUGACCGCGGUGCAUCCCUGGCUGUUAGGCUUGCGGGGGAACAUCCUGUGGGCCCUGAACGACAUCGCUGAGGACAAGCCGCUCCCGGCCGAGACAGAUUUGGCCGUGACAAUGUAUGGCCCUGAUAGUUUGAAGAUUAUGAAAGAGGAUGAAUGGUUCUCGGACGCGAGGAGCGAUUACAAGACUCGCGGACUCUUUGGCACUGGCUAA